CGACUAUUCAGCCAAACGUACGCGCCGCGUCACGUCGCGCGUUCGAUUACGAUUAGAGAAAGAAAAACAAAAUAAAAAAGAUAAAAAUAUUAAAUGAACUUAAAGAUUCAGAUAAGUACAGACUUAUUCUGUUUUGUAUUUCCUCUUUGUUACAGUAGUGUUUUAGUGUAUUUGUUAAGUGAUAAUGUUUUUUAUCUCGUGUCUAAGUGAUGUGAAAUUUUAAAUACAAAGAGGUUUCUCGAUAUUAUACCAGAGAAUUAUGUGUCUAAGCCAAAGUAGGAUCGGGUAUAUUAUGAUAAGAGUGCUGAGGCAAUUAUAUCACAAGACAAGUUUCCGGUAGUCAACAGCUAACCUGUUCAACAAUGGAGGACAGCAGGUUCACGGUAACAGUUGAGUCGGAGAAUAAGAAGAAUGGCAUCCAUACUGGCGCAAGUAUCAUCACACGACCUCUACGGUCUUCCGUGGAGACUGCUGAACGAGGAGAAGCAGUUGUUGGCUCUCAGCCUGAUACAUGGUUGCACGAUGCCGGUUGGCGUAGAAAGCGUUCGCUGGCACAGCUCACCAGGGAGGCGUUGCCACGUAUGGAGAACUAUAGGAACUCGAAGCGGGCCCUGAAGAGACCCAGCUUGGGGGAACUGCACGGGGACAAUCUCAUUACUGAAGAGGACGAUCAAAGACAAAACCAAAGAGAUACAAAAUCACCAACACCAGUGGUCGGCAUAAAAUUAGGAUGGAUUCAGGGUGUGCUGAUACCAUGUCUUCUAAACAUUUGGGGUGUAAUGCUGUUCCUGCGCAUUUCUUGGGUGGUGUCGCAAGCUGGCAUCGGUCUCUCGCUGCUUAUCAUCGCGCUCUCCGCCAUCGUCUGCGUCAUUACUACCCUCUCUAUGAGCGCUAUAUGCACCAAUGGAGAGGUUAAGGGCGGUGGAAUUUAUUACAUCAUUUCUAGAUCUUUGGGCCCGGAAUUCGGUGCGUCUGUUGGUAUUAUAUUUGCCUUCGCGAAUGCGGUUGCGGCGAGUAUGAACACUAUUGGUUUCUGCGACUCCAUGAAUGAUCUACUAUCGACCCAGGGUGUAAAGAUUAUCGAUAACGGGCCCAACGACGUCCGUAUAGUGGGUACAAUUGCACUGAUACUAAUGUGUAUCAUUUGCGCAGUUGGAAUGGAUUGGGAGAGCAAAGCACAGAAUUUCCUGAUUGCGAUAAUCGUGGUGGCAAUGGUUGAUUUCAUGGUGGGUACAUUUAUGGGCCCGAGCGACGUUGAGGAAUUUUCUAAGGGAUUUGUCGGCUUAAGUGCGACGGUAUUCGAUUCGAACUUGGGCCCUGACUUUCGCUACAGCGAGAACUUGGACCAAAAUUUCUUCACGGUGUUUGCCAUCUUCUUCCCAUCGGUGACCGGGAUACAGGCGGGAGCUAACAUCUCCGGAGAUCUUAAGGAUCCAGCUUCAGCCAUCCCCAAGGGUACACUUUUAGCUUUGCUCAUCUCCAUGGUGAGCUAUGCGCUAAUGGUUCUGAUCUCCGGUGGUGGCGCACUGCGGGAUGCCAGCGGCAAUGUCACUGAUGUUCUCACACUCAACGGCACAGUUAUCGAUUAUAGUGCCAUUAGCGACUGUGUCAAUACAACACUCGGCUGCAAGUAUGGCUUGCAUAACAGCUACUCGGUGAUGCAACUGAUGUCGGCGUGGGGCCCGUUGAUCUAUGGUGGGUGUUGGGCAGCGACGCUGUCGACGGCACUUACCAAUCUGCUAUCGGUGCCGCGGCUGAUUCAGGCGCUCGGCGUGGACCGCAUUUACCCCGGACUCAUCUUCUUCGCCAAGCCCUACGGCAAGCACGGCGAGCCCUACCGCGGAUACGUUCUAACAUUCUUCGUCUCUCUUAUCUUCCUUCUUAUUGCUGACCUGAAUACGAUAGCGCCCCUGAUCUCUAACUUCUACCUGGCUUCGUAUGCACUCAUCAACUUCUGCACAUUCCACGCGGCCCUGGUCAGACCUCUCGGCUGGCGACCCACAUUCCGGUACUACAAUGUGUGGGUAUCGUUGCUGGGCUUCCUGAUGUGCGUGGCGAUCAUGCUGCUCAUCAGCUGGGUCAUGUCGCUAGUCACCUUCGCUAUCUUCUUCACCCUCUACCUCAUUGUCCAUUAUCGGAAACCAGACGUGAACUGGGGCAGCAGCACGCAGGCGCAAAUGUACAAGACGGCGUUGGCGAGCGCGCACAGUCUGGCGCGCACAGGCGAGCACGUCAAGAACUACUGGCCCCAGCUCUUGGUGCUGGCGGGCCGGCCGCAGCAUCGCCCCGCACUCGUCGACCUCGCCCACCUCCUCACCAAGGCUGGGUCCCUCAUGAUCGUCGGCGACAUAUCUCCCACGAAAAUGUCAUACAAGGAGCGCGCUCGUGUGGCGCGCGCCGCAGACGAGUGGCUGCGCGGUCGCAAGGUGCGCGCUUUCUAUUCGGCCGUCAGCGGAUACGGGUUCGAGGAGGGAGCGCGCGCGUUGAUGCAGGCGGCGGGCGUCGGCCGCCUCGCGCCCAACGUGCUGCUCAUGGGCUACAAGGCCGACUGGGCCACCGCGCCCACGCAGGACCUGGUCUCUUACUUUAACGUGCUACAUACUGCAUUCGAGACUCGGCUGGCAGUAGCGAUGGUGCGCGUGAGUGGCGGACUGGACUUCAGCGCGGUUGCCGGGGAGGAGGCGCCGGCUUCGCGCGGCCUCACCGCCACUUCCGGCAGCAGCGCGGAGCUGCGCGUGCGCGCCGCCGCCCCCCACAUCCUGCACGCCGACUCAGACCUCGACCUGCGCGCGCUGCAUCCAGACUCGCAACCCUCCAGCCGCCAUAACCUUAAUUUAUUGACACUUACGACAUCUCGUUCAUUUACAAUAUCUGAGAAGAGCGAUAAGGAAAAGGAGAAGGAGAAAGAGAAGAAAAAAGACAAGAAACCGAUCGAUUUCCACAAGCAGAUAAUUUAUAAAUCAUCAUCCGGCCUCGAGGUGUCGAACGACCAGUUAACGCAAAUGAGCAUAUUCCAGCGAAAACAGGAGGCGGGUACAGUGGACGUGUGGUGGUUGUACGACGAUGGUGGGCUGACGAUGUUGCUGCCCUACAUCCUGUCGCAGCGCUCCAGCUGGGCCAGCUGCAAACUGCGCGUCUUCGCACUCGCCAACAGACAUCACGAGCUGGAACUGGAGGAGAGGAAUAUGGCGAACUUGCUGGCCAAGUUUCGCAUCGACUACUCGUCGCUUACAAUGGUACAGGACAUCACGGAGCCGCCGCAGCCCGAGACUAAGCAACUCUUUGACGAUAUCAUCAAGAGCUUUGUAGGUGACAAUGCGAGAGAAGAAUGCCGCAUCAGUGAGUCUGAGCUAUCGACGUUGGCGGAGAAGACCAACCGUCAGCUGCGGCUGCGGGAGUUGCUGCUAGCUAACUCGCAGGAGGCGCGCCUCGUCGUCAUGUCAUUACCUAUGCCUAGGAAGGGUUCUAUAUCUGCGCCACUGUACAUGGCGUGGCUGGAGGUGAUGAGCCGAGGUCUGCCGCCCAUGUUGUUUGUGCGCGGCAACCACACCUCCGUCCUCACGUUCUACUCCUAACUUCAAAUUGUAAAACAUUACACGAAUACCCCAACCACCAAGUAAUUUUUUGUUGUCUUAAGUCAAAAA